AUGAGAAUUCUUCUGAUUCUCCUUAUUUUAUUCUCUUUUGCCUACGCAGUUUCUGCUGAAGAAGAACAACAUCACUCUGAAGGACAUGCUAAAAUGGUGGAUAUUCUGAGAUUCAAGAGAGAAUAUUCAGCUGAAAAUGGAUCAAAUGGGGAUGACGAUGACGACGAAUAA